GACCAACACGGCACACGCAAACGCCAUCUUUAGCUGCAACUACUGAAGCUCACUUGGCUAACUAGGUCAGAGGCUUUGCAGCGAGAACAACUCGGAAAACCACGACCUACGCGCUUCUCGACGACAGUCCACAUCCUCACAACUUAUUGCGGCGCCUUAUGGUCCAAUGUAUUUGAUCGGUCGAUCCGCUCGAAGACAUUUCUGUUGUGUCGGUCCUGGUUGAGCUUGGCUGAUAGCAUUUACAAAGAAAUUGUCGACAGAGACAGCAAAAAAACAGGAUGAAGCGCGGUCUCAGAGGGAGCAAGCAGGAGGAUGGAGGUGGCACAAGCGCCGGGUCCCAGGGGACUCUUAAACGGUCGCGCAAACAGAGGAGGGAGAAAGACUGGGCGGGCGAGAGUGUCCACUGGGAGUGUCUGCCACAGGAGAUACUGCUCCACAUCUUUCAGUAUCUGCCACUGCUUGAUCGAGCCUUCGCCUCUCAGGUGUGUCGGGGAUGGAAUGAAGCCUUUCACAUGCCAGAACUUUGGCGCUGCUUUGAGUUUGAGUUGAACCAACCUGCCAGCUCCUACCUGAAGGCCACCCACCCAGACCUCAUCAAGCAAAUUAUUAAGCGACAUGCAGACCAUCUUCAGUAUGUCAGCUUCAAGGUGGACAGCAGCAGAGAGUCAGCAGAAGCUGCUUGUGACAUACUCUCUCAGCUGGUGAACUGCUCAUUGAAAACACUUGGACUCAUCUCGACAGCCCGUCCCAGCUUCAUGGAACUACCGAAGUCUCACUUCAUCUCAGCGCUCACGGUGGUCUUUGUCAACUCCAAAUCGCUUUCCUCUCUGAAGAUUGACGACACUCCAGUGGACGACCCCUCCCUCAAAGUCCUGGUGGCCAAUAACAGUGACACACUGAAACUGCUGAAAAUGAGCAGCUGUCCUCACGUCUCUCCUGCAGGUAUACUGUGUGUGGCCGAUCAAUGCCAUGGUCUGAGGGAGCUGGCACUCAACUACCAUUUACUGAGUGAUGAGCUCCUCAUAGCCCUCUCUUCUGAAAAGCAUGUCCACCUGGAGCAUCUUCGCAUUGAUGUGGUCAGUGAGAAUCCCGGCCAGCAUUUCCAUACCAUCAAGAAGAGCAGCUGGGAUGCGAUGGUGCGUCACUCCCCCAAAUUUAAUCUGGUCAUGUAUUUCUUCCUCUACGAGGAUGAGUUUGAUCCCUUCUUCCGCGACGAAAUCCCAGUCACGCAUCUUUACUUCGGCCGCUCGGUCAGCAAAGACGUGCUCGGCAGAGUGGGCCUCACCUGCCCGCGUCUUGUGGAGCUGGUGGUUUGCGCCAACGGGUUGCGGCCGCUGGAUGAAGAGCUCAUCCGCAUGGCUCAGCACUGCACUCAGCUGUCAGCAGUCGGCCUGGGCGAGUGCGAGGUGUCAUGCAGCGCCUUUGUGGAGUUUGUCAAGAUGUGUGGAGAGAGACUUACACAGUUAUCCAUCAUGGAGGAAGUGCUGGUUCCAGAUCAUCGCUAUGGGCUGGACGACAUCCACUGGGAAGUGUCAAAACACUUGGGCCGUGUCUGGUUCCCUGACAUGAUGCCAACAUGGUAGACCUCAGGAAGAGAUGUGAGUUGAAUAUAAAGAAGUCGUUUUUUGUUUUUUUUUCUGAUUCACCAUCUGUUUCCGCCUUCCCUGUAUAAUUCCCUUUAUAAUGAAUUUUAUUCAGUACAUACCAUCUCUGUCCCGAGACGCACAGCCUAAACUGUAGAUAUUGUUAGAUAUUAAUAAUUAAAGCUGGCAGUUUAUUGUACAUGGUUUUCUAUAUUUAUAUGUAUAAAUAUGAAUUCUUACAAGGCAUCAGUAUGGUUUCCCCACAUUAUUGAGUAAUUGCAAAUAUAAUCUGGUGUUUGUGGAGAGUCAGUGGGUGAAUGCCUUGUGGUGGCAAUUAUGUCUUGAAAUGGAUGGUGAUGCUUUUUCUUGUACAUGUUCUCUAUGUAUUGUGUAAUGUCUGAAAUGUCAUUUUGAUUUAUUACUUAAUGUAAAAAAAUGUCCUGUAGCCAAUAAAAAGUCCCAGACCUUU